AUGUUCCAACUGCUGGCGUCAACAAACGACCUCAGUUUUGCCGAAAUUGAGGUCACCUUCGUGCCUCGAAAACCCGAGGGUCGGUCGAUUAACUCCAGCUGCGACUCUUCCGGUCAGUCUCCUUUAGGUAGUGGAUCAGCGACAUUGCAACAGCGCGGGCCGACUGCAACCACACAAUCGACCACACCGUCGUCGCCCGUUCACCGACCCGCUCCUCUUCCCCCUACGAACAACAACGUUGCCGCCAACCCCGCAGUCCCCUCCCUAGCCACUCCGAUCAGGGAAAUGGACCCCAACAUGCCCGCCGAGUUGAUGCAGCUCAGGGCGACCAUUCAGGAGAAGGAUCGUCGACUUGAUGAACUCCACUUGGAGGUGGAGAAACUCAGUUCUGUCCUGCAGCAGCACAUCUCGGAAUGCGAUACCUGGAAGAAGAAUCCUCCAGCGAUAGCCGAGCAUCUGUUUCGUGCCUCCUCCAUCCGACAAGGCGUCUCCGGUGCCUUGGAAAACGACAAGCAGCAAAACAACGCCUCCGACAGCUCCACCGCAGCCAGCGGCGACACCCUCUCACCGCUGCGGCCUCUCGCGGCGCCUGCCGUGCCCAGCAAGCGUCUCGGCGUCUCCGCCGAACCCACCAUGGCCAUGCAGUCGGUCGCGCCGGUUGAAAUGAAGUACUACGACAAGGAUGCCAAGUCCCGUCAAGAAAUCCGUAAUGCCCUGCGCAACAACGAAUUCUUAAAGAAUUUGGAUGCCGUCCAGUUGCAGGAGAUUGUUUCCUGCAUGUACGAGCACAGCAUUGUCGAGGGCUGCUACAUCAUACGCGAGGGCGAAGACGGUCAUCACCUCUACGUCGCAGCUGAGGGCGAGUACGAGGUGUGGAAGAACGGGAAGUACCUAUACACGAUGGGUCCUGGCAACUGCUUCGGCGAGUUAGCUCUCCUGUACAACUGCAAGCGAACCGCCUCCAUCAAAGGUGAGCUACUCGUCUUGUCCCUCGGGUUUUUGUACUGUACGGCGUGUCGGUGUGUCAGUUACUUGCUGACUCAUUACCUGCAGACGCUCGUCGACUCAAUGGACUGUCAGUCUGUGCGAUGUCGCCAGUCCCCGUCGCAUCCACCAGAUUCUUUGAGACACUCUUGUUACUCCCCGACUUCCAUUUCAGCCGUAAGGGCUGCCCGCAUCUGGGUGCUCGAACGAAGCAUCUUCCAGUUCAUCAUGAUGAAGACCGGUCUCGAGAAGAUGGAGGGACGCGUCAAGUUCCUUUCGAGGCGAGUCAACUCUUUGUUUUGUUCUUUUCAAUGUCAAAAAACCGCAGUAUUCGACUUGUUGCAGACAGAGAGAAAGUCGACCAGAGUGUGUUUAACAGUAGCGAUAGGAAAGCAGCGUGGGUUUUGGUUAGUCAGUGAACGUUGGCACCCACUUAAACCGGCGCUUUGUGAUCCUUCAAUGGGGCUUUAUGUUCCUCUUUUAAAAAAUCUCGAUGACGGCCAACUCGAACGAAUCGCCGACGUCCUGGAGGCGCAGUUCCAUCCAGCUGGCGAAUGCAUCAUUCGACAGGGCGAGCAGGCCGACAGCUUCUUCAUCAUCCAGUCUGGCGAGGUCCGCGUGACCAUGAAGGUGGUUGGACAAGACGGCUUGCAGAACGAGAUCGAGAUUCGUCGGAUGACCAAGGGCGAGUACUUCGGGGAGAAGGCGCUCUUGGGUGAGGGACGUAGGACAGCCAACAUCUACGCCAUUUCUCCGGGUGGUGUGGAGUUGCUGUGUCUGUACAGAAAAGAUUUCCUCGAAUUGAUGGGCAACAUUGCGGACUUGCAACACAAGGAAUACGUCGAUUUGGAACAUCUUCAGUCCUACGGCGGUCAGUUGAAGGACGGACAGCCACUCAAACUCAACGAGGACGAUCCGACAGUCGCGCUGACUUCCGCGACCGGUUCGACCUCUCUGGACCACUUGCUGGGACAACGCGAGGUCAAGCAGGCUGCAGAUGUCGCCAAGACCACGACAGUACCUUCACGAAAGCUCUACGCACGAGAAUACGAAGUGGCCGCUAAGCUUCGUCUCAAUGACCUUCAGCGCGUUGCCGUGAUUGGUCAGGGUGGCUUUGGGCGUGUUGAGUUGGUUCGACCAGUCAACGAUAGCACGAUAUCGUUUGCCCUGAAACGCAUGAAGAAGGUCCACAUCGUGCAGACGAAGCAACAGGACCACGUGCACUCGGAGAAGCAAAUCCUCAUGUCCGUCGACUCCUGCUUCAUUUGCAAGCUCUUCAAGACGUUCCGGGACAACAAGUUCGUCUACAUGCUGAUGGAGUUCUGCCCGGGCGGUGAACUCUGGACGGUUCUACGUGACAGACGGGCCUUCGACGACAAGCUGACGCGCUUUAGCUUGGCCUGUGUAAUCGAGGCAUUUGACUACUUGCACCAUCAGGGAAUAAUCUAUCGCGAUCUGAAGCCGGAGAACAUGCUGCUUACUAGCAAUGGAUACAUUAAACUCGUGAGUUUUGUCGCGCCUGUUGUACUCGGCGCCCUACUCUCUUCUCUCCCUGACAGGUUUUUAAGUGCCCCUUCUAUUGAGUGCGACUUCGGUUUCGCAAAGCGUCUUGAUGCACAGCGGAAGACAUGGACGUUUUGCGGCACUCCUGAAUACGUCGCGCCCGAGGUCAUUUUGAAUAAGGGCCACGAUUUCGCCGCGGACUACUGGUCGUUGGGGAUUCUGACUUGUGAACUCCUUAUCGGAACACCGCCAUUCCAGGCCUCCGAGCCAAUCAAGAUCUACAUGAAAGCUCUGCGGGGUAUCGAGGCGUACGAUCUGAGUCACCACAAGAAUAUCAGCAUCAAAGCCUACCAGUUCAUCAAGCGCUUGUGCCGAAACACGCCCACUGAACGCCUCGGCAUGGGUCGGCAAGGCAUUCAGGAAAUUCGCAAUCAGAAGUACUUCCAAGGAUUCGAUUGGGAUGGCGUACGAAACCGGACCCUCCAAUCACCGUUCCAGCCAAAGGUUUCUGGGCCUUGCGACUUCAGCAACUUCGACCAAUUCCCCGUGACCGAUGACCUUCCGCCGGACGAGAUGUCGGGUUGGGACAAGGACUUCUAG